CCAAGCGCCGUUACUCAAAGUUGGCUUCACCAAACAAUUUUUGACAUCCAAUUAAAUUAAAAAUGCUCGAAUUACUAAUAUAAGCACUCAUAUUCUGGAAAAGCUGGCUUUUAAAUAUUUGCCCCGGUGUUCAAGACUUUGACUUUUGUGUUUACAUCGAAGCGAUAACGAUAAGUCGUAAAAAAAACGAUGCCAUCUUCCAGAAAAUUCGCCAACAAUGGCACCGAUCCGGAUUCCAUAGCCGCUCGACUUCGGCAGCGCUACGGGAAUCUCACGGCCCCAUCGGUAAAGCAAGUCACCAUAAUCAAGAAGCCGAUGGCAAUUUCAAUCAGCAACAUGCCGCUCACGGAACAGGAGGCCGAGCAACUGGAGUACCUCGAGUUCGAGAGGGAUCUGAGCAACAUCCGGAACCGCAAUCCUCAGAUCCAGUCGGAGGAGCAGCCGAAGCUCAAGUACGAUCUGCCCGAGGAGUACAAGAGCACCAAGCUCUGCACCUGCAUGCGUCCGCACACCGCUUACGAAUGCGAUCGUUGCCAUCAGUACAUCUACGGGCGCAUAGCGGAGGUUUGUGAGAAGCAUCCCCAUGAAUUUUUCCUUAUGGAUCUCCGAUCCUGUCCAUAUUGUAUUGCCCCGAUCGAUAUGUUAAAAAAGGCGCCUAUCAGCUGGGAGGAUAUACGUAAAAUUGAGGAGGCUGAACUUCCCGCUGAUGAGGACCUAUAAGUAAGAGUUUGAGACUCAAGUGCAUGUUACAUGUUAUAUUAUUUCAUGUAUAACUAA